GGGUUCUUAUCCUUGCUGGUGUUUUCAUAUCCAAUGGGGGAAUCACAGAAUCCCUGUGGGAGGCAGAAACUGGCAGAGAAAUUUCCCAUGCAACAAUGUCUCUGGAUAACUCCCACAUUAUUUCCCAGGCAACAAUGUCUCUGGAUAACUUCCACAUUAUUUCCCAGGCAACAAUGUCUCUGGAUAACUUCUACAUUAUUUCCCAGGCAACAAUGUCUCUGGAUAACUUCCACAUUAUUUCCCAGGCAACAAUGUCUCUGGAUAACUUCCACAUUAUUUCCCAGGCAACAAUGUCUCUGGAUAACUUCCACAUUAUUUCCCAGGCAACAAUGUCUCUGGAUAACUUCCACAUUAUUUCCCAGGCAACAAUGUCUCUUGAUAACUUCCACAUUAUUUCCCAGGCAACAAUGUCUCUGGAUAACUUCCACAUUAUUUCCCAGGCAACAAUGUCUCUGGAUAACUUCCACAUUAUUUCCCAGGCAACAAUGUCUCUUGAUAACUUCCACAUUAUUUCCCAGGCAACAAUGUCUCUGGAUAACUUCCACAUUAUUUCCAUGAUUAUCAGCAUCGAUAACAGAGACACCAGACCAGCUCGGAGGCAGAGAGACCAGCUAGCUGCUAUCGGGUCAGUGCAGAGACACCAGACCAGCUCGGAGGCAGAGAGACCAGCUCGGAGGCAGAGAGACCAGCUAGCUGCUAUCAGAUUGCAGCCGGUAGCAACAAGAAGAAGCACUGAGUGAUGUGUGUGGUCCCAAGAAGGACAGGAAGACACAGUACACAUGCAUCAAGUGGAAGAAAUACAUUUGCAAUACACACACACACAGUAAAACUCUGUCCCUUAUGUGGGGUGUAGACCGGCCUAAAUUUGUUCAAUUUGUGCUCAUUUCUCAUUUCCAUAAAAUACUGUAUGUAAAAUGUGUCCUUGUUCAGUUCAAAGCAAUAAACAUCAAUA